AUGACAGAGUCAGAUCUAGGUCAGAACAAGGCGGACCCGGUGGAGGAGCUCAUUACAGGUUACAAUGAACUCAAUUCCUCCCGUAUAGAGGAAUUACAGGAAGAGCCAAGUCCACUCGAGUUCAUGCGCUUCGUAGCAAAGAACACACCCUUUGUUGUCCGUGGUGCUGCAAAAGAUUGGAGGGCAACCAAGACCUGGAGUGCGCAGUAUCUCCGGGAAGCCCUUAGAGGUCAUCAAGUCAAUGUUGCCGUGACACCAUAUGGAAACGCCGACGCACCAACACUGGAUGCCCAAGGUAAUCUCAUCUUCGCCAAACCACACGAGGAGGACCAGACGUUCGAGGAGUUCAUCGACUACCUGACAGAACAAGAGGAUGACCCUUCCUGCUCAGACACCUUGGAGGUGCGGUACGCGCAAACUCAAAACGACAACCUGCGCCACGAGUAUAUCUCCCUUUUCUCUGAGACCCUGAAAUCCAUCCCCUUUGCCCGGAUAGCCCUGGAAAAGGAGCCCGACGCCAUCAACAUGUGGGUCGGCAACUCGUACUCGACGACAGCCAUGCACCGGGACAACUACGAGAACAUAUACGUGCAGAUCACGGGCCAGAAACACUUUGUCCUGCUCCCCGCGCUGUGCCAGCCCUGCAUCAACGAGCAGGAGCUGCGUCCUGCGACCUAUGUCCGGCAGGGCGGCGAUCUGGUAUUGCAGAUGGACGACGGGGCAGAUGGCGGUGUGCCCUUUGCCAUAUGGGACCCGGAUCGGCCGCACGCCAAAAGGACCAAAUACUCGCAUCUUGCCCAGCCUGUGCGUGUGACGCUGGAUCCGGGCGACAUGCUUUACCUGCCCGCUAUGUGGUACCACAAGGUAUCACAGUCCUGUGCUGAAGGGGGGGUCUGCAUAGCUGUCAACUACUGGUAUGACAUGGACUUUAGCGGACCGUUAUACCCCCUGACAUCGUUUGUUCGAGACAUGUCGAAACGACAAUGA